UCCCAAGACGCUGUACUUUGCUCACUCUCACUCUCACUCCAAUGGAAGCUGUUGGAUUUCCUUCUCUCAAUACUCACACCAUUUCGUGCUCUAGUUUUCUGAAACGAACACCCACCAAAUUACCAUAUCAAACAAACCAUGUUUCAACUUCAAGACCAAGAACACCCAUAUACAGAACCCACCAAAUUCGGAGGAGUGCUACACGAAUGCAAGCUGACAAUGAAGACUUCGAGUUGAAGCAAAUGAGAGACAUGGCUGCUGCCAAGAAGAGAUGGGAUGCUCUGAUUAGGGAUGGAAAGGUUAAACCUUUAACGCCAAGGGAAGCUGGGUAUGCAAUUCAGCUAUCUAACAAAACCCUUCUUGAUGUCCGUCCCUCUACAGAACACAAAAAGGCAUGGGUUAAAGGCUCAACUUGGAUUCCAAUAUUUGAUGUUGGUGAUGAAUUCGAUGCUGGAACUCUUUCCAGAAAGAUCAUGGGCUUCACUAUGGGGGGUUGGUGGAGUGGCGUGCCUACAUUGUCGUAUAACAACCAGUUCUUGUCUAAGGUUGAUGAGAAAUUUCCCAAGGAUACAGAUCUUAUCGUUGCAUGCCAGAAGGGAUUGAGAUCUAUAGCUGCUUGUGAGGUGCUGUACAAUGCUGGCUACAGAAACCUUUUCUGGGUUCAGGGGGGUCUAGAGGCUGCUGAAGAAGAGGAUCUUGUCAGAGAAGGCCCUCAGCCAUUUAAGCUUGCAGGAAUUGGCGGGGUAUCAGAGUUCCUUGGUUGGACUGAUCAACAAAGAGCUGCAGCUGCUAAAGAAGGGUGGGGUUACCGAUUUAUGUUCUCUGCCCGUCUGGUUGGAAUCUUUCUCAUUGCUGAUGCCUUAUUUCUUGGUGGUCAGCAACUAGUUCAUUAUCUUCAGGAUAUAAGGUCACACUGAUAGCUGGCCAUGAAUGUAUUCGACUGAAUAUCGAAGUACAAGAUUUUGCAGUUCUGGUGCACUACAAAGAGACACUGGAUCUACGCUAAGAUAACAGCUUUGGAAGCCGGAGCACCUCAAAAAGCAGAUAGCCCAUUUUUGUUCACAGCAGUAAACGAAGUUUGAUCUAUGCAUGAUUUAUAUUGUGUUGGCUGCGUGAUA